AUGGUUACCCCCGAAUACGACUACCUUUUCAAGCUCCUCCUCAUCGGAGACUCUGGUGUCGGAAAGUCCUGUCUUUUGCUCAGAUUCGCAGAUGACACCUACACCGAGAGCUACAUCUCGACUAUCGGAGUCGACUUUAAAAUCCGCACGAUCGAGCUCGAUGGCAAGACUGUGAAGCUUCAGAUCUGGGAUACAGCUGGCCAGGAGCGGUUCCGGACCAUCACCAGUUCCUACUACAGAGGGGCGCAUGGCAUCUGUGUCGUGUAUGAUGUGACGGACAUGGACUCCUUCAACAACGUCAAGCAGUGGUUGCAGGAGAUCGACCGCUACGCGACGGAAGGUGUGAACAAGCUCCUCGUGGGCAACAAGAGUGAUAUGGCGGACAAGAAGGUGGUCGACUAUGCUGUCGCAAAGGAAUUUGCCGACAGUCUUGGAAUCCCAUUCUUGGAGACCUCGGCAAAGAACGCCACCAACGUCGAGCAGGCCUUCUUGACGAUGGCCCGACAGAUCAAGGAGCGCAUGGGAUCCACUGCUGUCAACAACAAACCCGCGGUCACGGUCAACAACGGUCGGGACGUCCAGCAGGGAGCGGCUGGAGGUUGCUGUUAA